AAAAAAUUCCCCCAGUCUCCACAAGCUCAAUUUUCCCGCUAAAAGGGGUAAAAAUUCCCCAAAUCCCCCAAACACCCCUAAUCGUAAUGGCGAAAUCUCCGGCGACCUUCGCCGCCGGCGAAAAGGUAGAAGUGAUCUGCCAAGACGAAGGAUUCAAGGGUUCUCUCUACGAAGCUCGCAUCGUUUCCAUUCCCAAAUCCGAGCUGUACUUGAUCGAGUACGAAACCCUAAUGGACGACACCGAUCCCGAGAAGCAUCUUCAAGAGACUGUCUCCUGUGUCCACGUCCGUCCUCGCCCGUGUCCUCCUGCUUUGUCGAGCUUUGAGAUUGGUGAAAAGGUCGAUGCUUUGUACAACGAUGGGUGGUGGGUUGGGGAGAUCUCGAAGGUUCUAGAAGGCGGGAAGAGGUACGGGGUUAGGUUUCCUGAUAGUGAGGAUGAUGACAUGGAGGAGCUGGAGUUUGGAUUGGAUCAGAUUAGGGUUCACAUGGAUUGGAUUGAUGGGCAGUGGAUUUCUCCGAAUGUCACAGUGAAGAAAUUUUUGGGAGUGGAGAUCAGAAAAGGUGCUAUGGUGGAGGUUAGAAGCGAUGAUGAAGGUCUUGAUGGAGCCUGGUAUACUGCAUCCAUUGUUGGGUCUAAUGGGGAGAAAUUCCUUGUGGAAUACCAAAACUUGAGAACAGAUAAUGAAGCUGAGCUCUUGAGAGAAACAGUGGAUUCUCUGCACGUCAGGCCCAUUCCUCCUGAAACUCCAGUGGAUCACAAGUUCAAUAUUCUUGAGGAAAUUGACGCCUUCUAUAAUGAUGGCUGGUGGGUAGGAGUGAUUUGCAAGGUUCUUAUGGGUCAAAGAUACAUGGUUUACUUUAAGCCUUGGAAUGAAGAGAUGGAAUUUGCUCACAGCGAUUUGAGAUUGCAUCACGAGUGGAUUGAUGGAAGGUGGCAGAGGGCUUCACAGACAUGUAGGAAACAAGAUCUCUCCUCUUCGCAUUCUCCUCUUGCUGUCUGCUGGUCAGAUUUCUGUGCCGCAGGUGUCUUUGGGAAUACAAUAAAAAUUGGAAUGGUAAAAGAACUAUAUACUCUGGGCUCAGGUUUCCGGCAUCUUCCAUUGCGCUCAAGCAAACUUCAAUCUUCUGGCUCUCCUCACCCACAUACGAUCCACUUAACAGAUUCUGUGCUCUCGUCUGAUUAUUGUGUUAUGACGUGGCUCUCAACAGCACGGAAGCCACAGAUAUUGGGUAGAUGCAGUCCGGAGUUCUUUGGUGAGGUUAAGGGACUGAUAGAACGAACUGGUCGAUGCAUCAUCCUGUCAGUAGCUGAUGAGAGCGACGGUUGCUGUGGAUAUCGCCGGACUCUGCGUGCUCUCACAUUCAUGGAUCAGUCUGGCCAUUUCUCUAUAGACGGCAAGCCGCGGUCCGUG